AUGGAGGCGGCGGCCGCGGCGGCGGGAGGCGGUGUGGAGCCUCCGGGUCGGAGGGAGGUCGCGACGCUGCCCGGGCCCAGCAGAGACACGGGGCAGAGGGACAAGAAGAGGACAAGCAGGGAAACACCAGUGGAGAAAAGGGGGCCGUACCUUAUGAGCAAAACUCCUUCCAUUCAGGACAAGCUACAGAAACAUCGCGAGAUGGCAAAGGCGAUGCUGCGGAGGAAGGGAGGCGCAUUCUCAGGAGCCGUCCGGCACCAGCCCAAGCUACCAGCCAAGAGGUCAGUGAAGUUCAACAAGGGCUAUGCUGCCCUCAGCCAGAUCUCAGAUGAAACCCUGGUGUCCCUGGACUCUGACAGUGAUGAGGAGCUGGAAUCAAGAUGUUCCUCCGGUUACUCCUCUGCAGAGGUCAACCAGGAUCUCAGCCGCCAGCUGCUGCAAGAUGGGUAUCGGCUCGAUGAAAUCCCAGACGACGAGGACCUUGACCUCAUCCCUCCCAAGCCUGUGUCAUCCUCACCAUGUCCCUGCUGCUUUGGGGAGUCUGCCUCCUGCUCCAUCCAGUAAGGAUCCCAAGAGCAGGACUGCACUGCACUGCACAGGUCAAGAACCCAGCACUUUCCCCCUUCCUUUCAGACGCCUGGAGGUCCAGCAGAGGCAAUGGAGUCUGGCACUGAGCCUUGACCAAGGCGAUAGGGAGCAGGAGGAGGGUGCUUUGGUGGCUGGGAAAGCGGGGUGCACCAUUGCCCUGCUUGCACUUGUCCGGGCACCAAACAGCCUCUUGAAGCUCUUAUCUGUGGUGCACAUACAAGACUGUUCAGUGGAAGCCCUUGGGAAGGCUCUGAGCCAGCUGGUUCCCUUGCCUGAGAAUGCCUUUGGAGAAAGAUGCAGAUGGGAGGAGAGGACUGGGCAGGUGUUUUCCUCCUUAAAGGCAAACAGCCAAGCUUUUUUGUGAAAGGGAAUGAAGAAUGGACUAGGACAAGUUAAAACUUUAGUUUACAAAAACUACGAUUGGGGGAAAAAAGCACACCAGUCACUACAUCGGGUCAAACAGGUUUUCCUCACUUGCUCAGGAUCCUUUCCUGGACUCCAGUGCUUGAGCCACCAUCUCCUGGGGUCCUUGUAGAGCUGGACUAAGAUGUUGUCAUGCGGAUUUCUGGGAUGGAGAAGCUCCUCUAUCAAGCUGCAUGGAUGGAGCACAGCCUGCUAGCAUCCUCGCAGUCUCUUGAACUCCCACCCAUCCCUCUGCUGGCUUUGCUGCCUGGAAGCUGCUGCUCUGACCCCUUUCCCUUGAGGAGCUUUCAAAACAGUUUCACCAGCUGCUGCAUCGUCUCAAAUUGACCCUCAGCAUUAAGUCUUGGCCUGGUGAAAGACGGACCUACUGAACCUUUUUUCUUGGCGUGGGAGGGAGGUGUAUCCCCACCCCACCCCACAGAUAGAGGGGAAGGGUUCACUUGUCUUGCCUUGGAGGCUGGUCCUCCCUGGCAAAAGGGCCAACAAAUCUGACAUCCCUGGCUCCGGAUGAGAAUCCUGGUUAGUUUAGGUCAUAGCUGCCUCACUUUGGCUGGGGAGCUGGUGCUGAUUCAGACAUGCUUGCCCCUCUCCCCUACCCUCUUCCGAAGUUAAUAGAGACCAAGCAGAGGAGGAGCAGAGGAGGAAGGCUAAGGUGCUGGCACCCAUAGCCUCAUUUCUGUGUUGCCUGCCUUUGUGCGAUGAGGGGUCUGGACCAGGUGUGCCUCCUAGCGCCAUCCGAGCACUGCUGUUGUACUUCAGCUCCCACCAUCCCCGACCGUUGGCCCUGCUGCCUGGGGUUGAUGGGAUAUGGAGUCUCCCCAGUCCCUGGCGGGUACCAGGUUGAGGACGCCCGAUCUAGUGGGCCACACGUCUCCCAUCCCUGCAUCAGUUCCUGUUAUUCUGACUUAAUUUCCCCAUAAUUAGAAUUAGCCUAUGCAGCCUCCUUUUGAUUUCAAGCAGCGCAUAGGGUGUUUUCCGUGCACACUAAGCGACAGCUUGUGAGCAAGAGCUGCGAUCUAGCCUUUCUGAUUUGCUAGCACCAGCUGUGGUUCGCUUUAUGUGGCAGUUGCGGAGAACAGGGAGGGGAGGAAUUGCCAGCAAUUGUGAGUGUUGCUUUGUGAGGAACCCUGCUGGCAUGCAAGUUGGGGCCAUGAUCUACCCUCAGUCUGGUGCUUUUGGACCAAGCACGGCCAGUGAUUAAAGAUUAUGGGAAUUUUGGUCCAGCAACACCUGGAAGGCACUAGGUUGGGGGAGGAAGAUGUGCCCUGUAUAUUUGGGCAGCCUCAUUGAGUAAUAAAUCCGUAUGAAUGGGACCCCCUUUGCUGCCUUGGUCUGGGGACCAUAACAGGCUAUUUAUUACCUCUGCCGUCUAAAUUGAAGCUUUAGUAGCAAGAGAUGUAGAGGUCUCUGAAGGCACUAACACAACUUGAGCAAGAUGCUACUGCACUGUUGUCCUCUGUUACUGUAAGUUGCUAAAAGUGGCGGCUGCUCCCCCCCCCCCCAUUUUCCUGGAAAACUUGCCAGUAGGCAUGAGAUAAGUCUUGCCCUAUUUGGCAGACUUGAUCCUAAACUGGAGUUCUCUCUGCUUUGCUUAGCUGUUCCCAGGUGAGUGGCACCCAGGAGGCCGUUUCCAGUUGGGUAUAUGUGCUUUGCUAGAAUUAUUUGUCAAGAGAUAGGCCACGUGGCAGGCCAUAACACAGGCCAGUGUUUACUCACUGGGGAACAUGGCUAGCAAGAGACAGCCAAGUGAACUCUGCACUUUCCAGCCCUUCAGUAGAGAGAGUUGGUUGGUGGUGAAGUCGCUGGAUUACAUAGGCAACUUUACCCCACCCCCAGCUGCCUUUCAUUUUCUAUAUUUAUUUGUGCUGCCUGCAAAUCCUCCAGAGACCACUUCUCCAUGGUAAAAGGUUGAUGUUCCUGGACAAGUUCGAGUUGUUCAGUCCUAGCUGCAGUAAGCUUUUAAUAAAUAGUGUGUAACGCUAGAUGAGGUGGACAGUGGAGAGCCAGGACACUAGUAGACCUGUAGAGAGAAAACUGCCCGCUUUCUGCUGCAAAGUAAGCUUGGCAGGCCGACAGUGUUGUGUAUGUGGGGGUUUCAGGGUGGAGAAAGGAGUUGAGUGACUGUGACCUGUAGAGUGUUUAAAAAGCUGCCUUAAAAUAUUGAAAUGCAUUAAAUGAAAU